AAGUAGACGGAAUCGUUUUUACUACCAAUGUUAAGAAACAUUAGUCAAGCCAACAUGCGCCCUGGGCUUGACAUGACGGUAUCCUCGGUCUCCGAUUGGACGGGAGCCGUGUCAGGAUUACUUGCCCAUCCUGGAAAUUUUGAGUCUGGACUGGACAGUAAAUGGCAUUCUGGACACGGCCAUUAAUAAGCAUGUGUCAAUGUGUCACACGGGAUGUAUUUUGCGGCCAAUUAAUGUUUCGUGCAUGCACGCCUUGCAGUUGUCAUGGCUGAAGAUUCGUACACACUUAACAAGACCACUUGCAUUUGUAAUGCCUUGGCUCGGCCUAUUGGAAUAGGUAUUAAAUUGGUGGAAUUGCCUGGGUCUAGUAUCCUUAUUUAACUGUCAUCAAGACGUCAGUAAUGACUGGGAAGUUGUGAUUGCUACCCCGAACUCUAUCUACUACUCCUCUCUUCCUCAUACCAUAAAAACGACCAAGACACUCACUAUGUCAGGCCAAGACACAAUCCUAGAGUACGGUUACACGGCGGUCCCUGCGUCAGCCAAAAUAGUCGUCGCCGAAACCACGCCGAAGCCAUCAUCUUCCGCGCAGCCCUUUGCUCUGUCCUCCAUCCCUACUCCAAACACAGCCCUCGCCAAGCGCAUCCACAAUUACGCAAAAUCCCACCUUCCAGAACCGACAUUCAAUCACAGCCUCCGCGUCUACCACUAUGGACUCGCUAUCAAAAAAUACCGCUUCCCUACGUGGAGCUUCUCGGACGAGACUUACCUUCUCGCCUGUCUGCUGCAUGAUAUCGGGACUACGGAGGAAAACCUAGCCAAGACGCGCAUGAGCUUCGAGUUCUACGGGGGGUUCCUCGCUCUCGAGGUGUUGCAAAGCAGGGAUGCUGAUGAUAAUGCCAAUGCGGUGGCCCCAAGAGAACAGGCGGAGAGUGUGGCGGAGUCGAUUAUUCGACAUCAAGACCUGUGUGAAGUUGGGAAGAUAACAGCUGUGGGGCAGUUACUCCAGCUAGCAACGAUAUUUGAUAAUACUGGAUCGUAUGCCGAUCUGGUACACUUGGACACCAUUGAGGCUGUGACAAAGGCGUAUCCACGACUGGAUUGGAAGAAUUGUUUCGCGAAGACGAUCCGGAAAGAGAUAGCGCUGAAGCCCUGGGCUCAUACCACGGCGCUUGGCGAGGAAGAUUUCCCAGCCAAGGUGCUGGGGAAUACACUGAUGGCGCCGUAUGAGUGACAUUGCCUAGAUGAUGAUAGUGAAGGUUGCAUGAUGGCAGUGCAGAGUGGACAGGGGUGGGACUUGAGUCUCCGGAGGUUAGCUGUAGCAAUUAUAUGUUAAUUGAGGGUAGUGCUCAUUAAUUGAUACGUAUAUUGAUAUUGAUAUUCACACAGAAUCAAUGAUAUUCCCUACUCAACUGGUAGCGAUUGAUGGGGACUGACGGUGAACAGCACAUGUAGAUAUCAGAAACACCUGAACAGCGAGCUGGCAACGAUUGGGCUCGAAACUUGGUACCAUAGCCAUGAUAUCGGGCCAGACCUUUUCCUUGUGAGGGGUUUAAUUGCCACCACUGCUGCUUGUCGACUGGUGAUGCUAGGAAUCAGGAUAGAUGGAUGCGGCAUCAACCAAUGGACUAGCU